CGGGCGGGGCCAGCCUGGGAGAGGCGGGGUUACGGAUUGGGGUUCCUGGCUGGAAGGUGUGGUUAGAUGUUGGGAGGACGGAGCUGUCCUGUGGCUGCAGCACCUCCUCUCGCCCUGCAGCUCCGGAGACUGACUUCAUGUGCUCGCUCCGGACAGGUCUCAGCUACACCGGGCUCUGCGGCGGACAGUCAUGGUGCCGUAACCGGCUACGGUACUGGUAAACAGAGGUGCUGCCAAGGGAUCGGGUUGCGCCUCUCUCCUCGGUGACCGUACUGCUCCCUUGCCAGUUGCGAGCAUGGCAACCCGGAGUCUGUCCGAGCAGCCUGGGACGGACCCCUCCCUAUCCCCGGACUCCUCCUCUCUGCAACACUCUGGAUGCAGUUGUGUCAGAAGUUGCGGGAACUGCCGGCUGUUCCUGGGGUUCUUCGCCCUGUCCCUGUCAUUGCACUUAGUUACUAUCUGCUGCUAUUUGGAACUGCGCUCUGAGAUGCGCCGGGAGAUGGGCUCUGGAAAGCUCGCACGGGGCUCCGGCCCAGGGACCAGCGACGAUGAGGGGGACUUUUCCCAACUGAGGAGAACCGCUCUGCAGCUGUCUGACAUGCAGCACCCGGGCACUGCCGACCGGCGCCAGAUGACCCUUUUAAACAGUGAAGAAAGAUCACAUGCGGAAGAAGGCAGCAGGCAUUUACGAAGGACGCGGCGGAACAAAGCCAGUGAAGGCUCUGAGAAUCCAAGUUCAGCUAGAAACAAGAAAAAAGGAAAGAAGGUUGGACCUCAAGGGCCUACAGGACCUCCUGGGCCCUCAGGCCCUCAAGGGCCACCUGGACCACCCGGACCUCCAGGAAUACCAGGUAUUCCUGGAAUACCAGGAUCAAAUGCUAUGGGUCCUCCUGGACCACCUGGGCCACCUGGACCUCAAGGACCUCCUGGAAAUCAAGGGCCCACAGCUGGGUCUGCAGAAAGGACGAGUUCUAGAGAGACACAGCCAGCUGUGGUUCAUCUACAGGGCCAAGGCUCGGCAAUACAAGUGAAAAAUGAUCUUUCAGGUGGAAUCCUUCAUGACUGGUCACGGAUUGCCAUGAACCAUAGAGUGUUUAAACUGCACACACGCAGCGGAGAACUGGAGGUGCUUGUGGAUGGUACCUACCUCAUCUAUAGUCAGGUAGAAGUUUACUAUAUCAACUUUACAGAUUUUGCCAGUUAUGAAGUGGUGGUAGAUGAGAAGCCAUUUUUGCAGUGUACGCGAAGCAUAGAACCGGGUAAAACCAACUUCAAUACCUGCUACACUGCUGGAGUUUGCCUCUUAAAAGCUAAACAGAAGAUUGCAGUAAAAAUGGUUCAUGCAGAUAUCUCCAUCAAUAUGAGCAGACACACAACGUUCUUUGGGGCAGUACGCUUAGGGGAGGCCCCUGGCUCAUAAGCCCUUAAGCAAAAUGGAAACUUUUAAGACCUGCAUAGUGUUACCAGCCCACUGGAUUUAGCAGGCACCAUUUCACCUUUUCCUAUCGAAUAUUGCAGAGAUGAAAAUGUAAAAGAACAUGUCUCUGGUCAAUAGGAUGUAGCUGAGGACAUGCAGAAUAAAGGGCUGAUUUUAGUCUGAAUGGUGACACUGUCAUAUUGCAUUACUCAGAAGACAAGCCACUGUUCCGCAAGUGUGGCACGGGACCAUGUUGCCAGUGUUUUGAAGAACUACUAUUGGUGUUCUUGUUGCACUAGCUGGCUGCUGCCCAUGGCAAAGGGAUUAUUAACGCUGGUGAACAAUUUUAUUUUUAUUUUUAAUUGAUAAAUUGAGAUACAAACUGUUUUUCCUGUAUUUUUUCUUUCAUGAAUAAUAUAUACACCCCAGAAAGAAUUUAUGCAUUCAAAAUACAGUGGGUUAAGUUUUAUAUCUUCA